UUUUUAUACACAAACAAGUUUUCUCUUCUUCUCAAUUUGAAGUAUAUCUUCUUCGUAUCACACAAUAAUUUUUUCAGCUUUGAUCAACAUUAACAUGGCUUAUCAACGCCUCCCAAACUUCAUGUUACCACUUCUGGCUCUUACAUUUUCUUUCUGUAUCAGUAGCAUAAUGGUUGCCGAAGCGUCACGCCAGUUGUUAGAGACCACUCCUAGCUUUCCCAAGGUACCUGAGAUUCCGAAGCCCGAGCUGCCCAAGUUGCCCGAGCUGCCAAAGUUUGAAAUUCCUAAAGUUCCUGAACUACCAAAGCCCGAAGCCCCUAAAUUGCCUGAGGUGCCUCAUGAGUUGCCAAAGCCUGAAAUUCCUAAGGUUCCUGAAGUUCCAAAACCCGAAGCCCCAAAGUUGCCUGAGCUGCCAAAGCCCGAAAUUCCGAAGGUUCCUGAAGUGCCAAAGCCUGAACUCCCUAAGGUUCCUGUACUACCAAAGCCUGAAGUCCCUAAGUUGCAUGAACUCAGCCAUGAUGAUGCCCCCAAGGUACCCGAAUUGCCAAAAUUUGAAGUUCCUAAGUUUCCUGAACUGCCAAAACUUGAAGCUCCUAAGAUGCCUGAGUUGCCUAAAUUUGAAUUUCCUAAGCUUGAGAUUCCAAAAUUGCCUGAACUCCCACAUGAGCUUCCUAAGCCCACUUUGCCAACCAUUCCUGACACCGCACCUCAUACCAGUAAGCCUUGAGCAUUUAAUGGAGUGCUGGUUUCAGUGGCAGAUUUAAAUAUUGCUUGAUCAGUUUCAAGUUGCAUGUGCUGUUUCUUUAUGAAUUCGUUUAUUUAGCUACAUAGCUAUUGGAUUCUUAUAUCUUACAAUCUUUUACCAAUAUUGUUGUAUACGUGUGAUUAAAUAUUUAUGAUAAGUUUCUAGCGAAUAUUGUAUUUUUUUUUCUUUUGACAUCCUUAUAUUUUAUAAUAAAUAUUAUAUCUCACCCACUUUAA